UUGACACCUCCGCUUCCCCCACAGAAGACGCGCACGGUUCGGCUACUAAACCUCUCUGGAGCUGCAGGAGAAAGGACGGCAAUGGCGACCGCUGACAGCCAGGCAACGUUCGAGUCAUGGCUCAACCAGGCCACAGACCCAAACAACCAGGAGGACAGAUGGGACUGCAUCCAGGGCUUCUACCAGCUCGUUGACCAGGAGACUGAUGGGCCACAGGUAGCCGUUCGUCUUCUCGCCCAUAAAAUCCAGUCUCCACAGGAGAAAGAGGCUCUGCAGGCUCUCACUGUUCUCGAGGCAUGUAUGAACACCUGCGGGAAGAGGUUCCACAGCGAGGCCGCCAAGUUUCGCUUUCUCAAUGAGCUCCUCAAACUCUUAACGCCAAAGUACUUUGGCGCGUGGACUCCACAGAAAGUGAAAGACAGAGUGACGGAGGUCCUCUACGGCUGGACUCUUUGGCUAAAGGACGAACCCAAGAUUCAGGAAGCUUACAACAUGCUCAAGAAACAAGGUAUUGUGAAGAAAGAUCCCAAACUACCAGACACAGUUAUAAUGGCGCCUCCAACACAAAGAACCACAGACUCUGUUUUUGACCAGGAGGACAAGGCCACACUGUUAGCCAGAUUACUGAAAAGCGCCCGUCUUGAAGACCUGGAAACAGCCAACAGACUCAUUAAAAGCACCAUGAAAGAGGAGCAGGAGAAGGCAGAGAAAGUGUCAAAGCGUGAAUCGACUCUGAAGGAGGUGGAGAGCAGCACCGAGCAUCUCAGAGAGCUGCUGGACGAGCACACGAUCGCUGGAACCUCGUUACAGCCGAGUGAUGACGUGAAGGCCUUGUACGAGCGCUGUGAUGGACUGAGGCCCAGCUUGUUCCGCCUGGCCAGCGACACGAUGGACGACGACGCAGCUCUGGCGCAGAUCCUGGCGGCUAACGAUGAGCUAACGCUAGUAGUAAACAGCUACAAAGACCGGGUGGGAAAGAGAGAGUGUAACGGCGGACGAGAAAGAAGUAAAAGUGAGGAAGAAGUGGAGGGUAAAAGUAACGCUCCAAAGAGUCCCAGAGAGAUUAAAAGCUACCACCUCAUCGACCUGUCAGCGCUGGACUCUCCGCGCACACACAGAAAAGCUGAUUCACCAGCGUCCUUUGACUCCUCUUCACCCAUGUUUUCCUCUCUUCUGGAAAGUACCUUCCACUCAGCGGCUGAACAGGACUUCAAUGAAUUAGAGUUAGAUCAUCUGGUCUCAAAACAGACUCCAGGGACCACAACGUCGUAUUAUCAAGAACUUCUACAGCUUAAUGGAGAAGUUCAGAUGAAGAAUGCUGAGCAGAAUGGAGGGAGAGGUGUGGUGUUGAGAGCCCGUGGAUGUGGGGGGAGCAGUGCGUCAUCUAACGGGACUAGCAUUUGGUCACUCCCUCACGAUCAACAAUUUACUACAGAGUCGGAAUCACCGUCCAAGUCGCAGAACCAGCUCAGUGAAAUAUCUGGAUAUCCUGGGAAAUUUACCCCAGAACUCCUGAAAAACAUCUUUGUUCCAAUGGAAACCAUCAAAUCCAGAAUUCUUGAGCCGAUCACUGUGUACGAUCACGGCGGCGUCCACGUCUCUCUCCAUUUUGCCAAAGACUCUCCGCCGGGUCAUCCAGGUGUCGCCGUGGUCGUCAUCUCCACGGUGAACACAUCUGCCCUCCAUGUGAAAGACUUCCUGUUCCAAGCUGCUGUUCCAAAGACGGUAUUGGUGAAACUUCAGCCUGCCUCGGGGACAAACUUACCUUCAUACAACCCUCUCCUGCCUCCGCCGGCCAUCUCCCAGGUCCUCCUGUUGGCUAAUCCUCACAAUCGGAGGGUGCGUCUACGCUACAAGCUGACAUUGACACAUGGAGACCAUCGGCUGAACGAGAACGGAGAGAUCGACAACUUUCCUGACUGGACCUCUUUGAUCGGCCACUAAAAAAAAACAACUUUGACUGAAAACAAAAAACCUCUGGACCUGAAAUCUAGAUUGUGAAAGCAAAAGAGAGUAACAUGAAGAAAAACCCAACAAAAAGGUGGGAGAUGCCUGCAGCCGAUCCUCAAGAGGGAAACAACAAACAAAUGUCAAAGCUGUAUUUUCGGAAAUUAUUGUGUUUUCUGAUGCAUUAAUGAUGAAACCUCAGAAAGAUUUAUAUUACUCUUAAAAGGUGAGUAAACUCUAUAUGGCAUGUUAAAAUGUCACAGUUCUGGUGGGUUUGGUGAAUCCCUAAUUCUUCCUGUUCAGGUUCCUUCUGCUGUUUCAUCAGCUGCUGCCUCCUGCCUGUUGUUGAGCUGCAGUUUGAUAGCGGUUUGUUCACUGACGUAUUUAUUUGCACUUGAGCAUUUGUGACCUAAAAAAAAUCCAGUGCCUUAAGAUGGAAGAUGUGAUGUUUUUAAUAUGUAUUUAUGUUAAGAAUGAGGUUGUCUUAAGGAAAUGAAUGUGUGAGAAACUUGUCAGAAAACAUUGCAUUUGCAGGUAAUUUGCUGGAUUUGACUGCAUAAUUGAUGAAAAACGUAACGAUGUAAAUGCACUGACGUCACAUUUUAUACAAGCUGUGUUUUUAAACACUGCGACUUAAAACACGAGCAAAUGAGGGAAAGAUCUUCACCACUACGACUAAACUUUGGGAGCAUUUAGAAAACCAAAUAAAUCGCCAAAAACAUCAAGCACAAGCAAAUCAAGAAACACUUCUCUGAACCUCGAGACAUGUGGCAUAAAGAAAUGUGCUACAAAUACAGGAAACGGGCACAAACAGGACAAUGUAAAUGAUCCUUUGAAGUAUUUUUUGCAUUAUUUCUUUUUUUCAUGUGACAGACGUCACAGUUAAAUUCUUAAUUUGCUUUGUUUUCUUAAGUUUGUUUUUACGACAUGCUCUGUCACUGUUGAUUUCAUGUGUUCAGUGUUUCCUCACCAGCUGUUUUAUACUGUGAAGCUUUAUCAUUUUCAGCCCAGAGCAAAACAAUUCUGUGCAGCUGAACCGGUUCAUCAUCUCAUAGUGUCAGAUAUACACAUGUUUAAAACGGCUUGCAAGUAAAGUUGGUCAAAAAAUUUUUGGACGACUUAAUAAAGCCAACGUGGAUGUUUCUGUAAAUGCUUCCAUCCUAUUGUUGCUCUGCCACAUGUCAUCAAUAAAUACACACGGUCUGAAACACGGUGCACAACGAAGCUCGUGUUCCGGCCCACCAAAUCAUCCAAAUCCAAAAACAAGAUAAAGGUUUUUAUGAUAAUAUAAUGUUAUUUAUAAAUUAUUACUAUUAUUUAUUAUUGUCGUCAUUCAGACAACUCUUGAGAUUUAAACAGCUUGUUUAAUCAAUCCAGCAGUACAAAGCUUAUAUUUAUUAAGCUUAAAGUUAUGCAGUUUCCCAUCAAGAAAACUGGAUUUGUUUCUAAACUGGAUUUGUUGAUGACACACUAUACAAUGAAUUAUGUUUUUUACAUACUUUACAAUGACUUACGAUGCUAUUUCAACAUAAUAUACUCUGACUUCUCAUGACUUUUUAAAAAAUACUCUUUUUAAUAUACUAUGCUAUGAAUCUUUCAUGACAUUUACUAUACUAUGAUUUCUAUCGACAUACUAAGCUCUGACUUUUUUGGCUUGACAUACUACGCUAUGACAUUUUUUUCGACAUACUCUGCUCUGGCUUUUUUAUGACAUGCUUUAUGAUUUGUUUUUAACAAAGUAUAAUAUAGUUAUUUUUAGACAUACUAGAAUACAACUUUUUUUCCAUGGAGAUUACUUUCUAUUACUUUUGUGA